CUGAGUUGGGGUACUGCUUUGUGGGGUUUCGUUUUUUUUUUUUUUUUUAGGCAAGGGUGGAACGAGCUAUCUCCCCACCCCAAAUAAAGACGCGUCAAAACCCGGGAUCCGCUAAGGCAUAGACUCCCAGCGCACUUUGCAAACUGCAGAGUCGGGACUUGUUGGUAAGAGAAGCGCAGGGAGGGAACGCAGAGGGGUUAGCUUUGAGGGUGAGAAGAAUGUGCCGUUUAGCGAGACGUGUAGUCUGCGGCAGCAGGACUGAGGACUUUUAGGGGGCUCCGGGACUGUCCCCGACCCAAGUCCCCACUCUGGCGCGGUUAGGCAGGUGGGGGAAAUCCCGGGGAGGCGUCCAGCAGCCCCCUCCCUUUACCUCCUCCAUUGGAGCGCCCACUCGAGCGCUGUAGCUCCCGAUGCAGCGGGAAGGUGGGCCGAAAUCUCGGCUGCACUGCCUCCGCCUCCUGCGUAGAGACGUAACGGGGGACCCGUGCGUAACGGCUGACGUGCUGGAACCCUCCGUCUGACGCGAGGCACGCACGGCGCACGGCGCCCCCUUCGUCCGCCCCGCCCCUGACGUCCCGGGAGCGUUCUAUUUUGGAACGACAGGGCCACGUUGCUAGGGAGGGCCACGUUCCGAUUGGUCGCCGCGCCGCGAGCUUUAGCCAAUCAACUUUCCCUUCCUAUUUGUAUGGUGCCGUUCCCUUCCCACUCUGUCCUUGGAACCCUGGGUUUCUCGGCGCUACGGUCUCUUUUACGGGCUUCUGGAAGCCGAGCGAGGGGAUCGUGUCGCGACAGGAGCAACCCUCUGCGACACAAUGGGUCUGCGAGGACCGGCCGGGGAUCCGGUCCCUCCGCUCUCAGGGGCAGGGAAUGUCUGUUUGUAGGCAGGGGCUUCCUUCGGGAGAUAUGGUGACCGUCAUAUCUUCUCCAGGCACAGGCACACUCUCACUCCCUCUGCUCCGGACUCCCGGUCCCUCCGAGGGGUCCAAAGACAGGACUAGAACCGCUAACUCUGGGGGGAGCAGCCAGGUGGUCUCCAGGAGCCCCGCCCCCUCCGGGUUUCCAGAACGCUGAUUGGCCAGCGGACCAGCCCAUCCCUCACCACGCCCCCUGGGAGAGUAGUGAGCGUUGGGAGCAGUUCUAGGAUACCGUUUGGGGAUUGGGGAGAUGAGCGCUGCUUGGGCUUGGGGGCUCAGAACCUAUCCCAUUCCCCCUCCGCGACAGUCUGAGGGAGCCCGGGUUGUCGUUUCCCCCUACCUGGGCGUCCAUCGUAACCUGUCACUGUCAGCCUCACUCUGGGGAGAGACAAUUACUUGAAACGUUGUUCUAAACUCCUAGGCCCAUCUCCCAACACCCUUUUAACUGGGACCCCCGCCCCUGCGCAACGGGAGGUCUCACGGACCCCCCAACAGCUCAUCCUCUCAUGCAGAGGGGUGUGUGUAUGUGCACGAGUGUAGAGGAAGGCUUGGCCUAAGGCCUCUCCCUCUCCCUCCCCUUGCCUCUGGGGUGGGGGUGGGGUGUAGUGGCUGUGUGUGUGGCUGUGACUCUCUCCGGGGCUUCUGUCACCCGGCUGUGUCCAGCCUUCUCCCCACCCCCCACACCUAAGAGUCACCAACUCGGGGUGUGAUUCACCACCCGCUGGAACCGUGCAACCUUUCCCCGAGGAAGAAGGAGGAGGUAGAAGCCAGUUGAGCAGAGAUCCUCUCAUUAACCACUGCGUCACGGUGUAGUGGAAGGUCCCAGGGACAGCCACUGGGCUCCCAGCCCCCAGCCGUCGACCCCUAUGACAUGCCUGGAACCAGUUACUCCACCCCAGGCAUAAGUGGCUACAGCAGUGGCGGAGCUAGUGGCAGUGGUGGGCCUGCCACCAGCGGAACCACCAGUGGACCUGGGCCCGCCCGCCCAUCCCGAGCCCGGCCUCGGAGACCCCGAGAGGAGACGCUUACCCCGGAGGAGGAGGAGAAGCGAAGGGUUCGCCGGGAAAGAAACAAGCUGGCAGCAGCUAAAUGCAGGAACCGUCGGAGGGAGCUGACGGACCGACUCCAGGCGGAGACAGAUCAGCUGGAGGAAGAAAAGGCGGAGCUGGAGUCAGAGAUCGCCGAACUGCAAAAGGAGAAGGAGCGCCUGGAGUUUGUGCUGGUGGCCCACAAACCGGGCUGCAAGAUCCCCUACGAAGAGGGGCCGGGCCCCGGCCCGCUGGCGGAGGUGAGAGAUGUGCCGGGGCCAGCGCCCGCUAAGGAAGAUGGUUUCAGCUGGCUGCUGCCGCCCCCGCCACCACCGCCCCUGCCCUUCCAGACCGGCCAGGACGCACCCCCCAACCUGACAGCUUCUCUCUUUACACACAGUGAAGUCCAAGUCCUCGGCGACCCCUUCCCCGUUGUUAACCCUUCGUACACUUCUUCGUUUGUCCUCACCUGCCCGGAGGUCUCCGCGUUCGCCGGCGCCCAUCGCCCCAGCGGCAGCGACCAGCCUUCCGACCCCCUGAACUCGCCCUCCCUUCUCGCUCUGUGAACUCUUAGACUCAAAACAGACAAACACACGGGGGAGAUCUGGACGAGGAGGAGGAGGAGGAGGAGGGGAGAGAGGGGAAGAGGCUGGGCGGGCGCGUGGCCUCCCCGCCUCUCCUGCCUGACUCUGCAGCCUCCGCCCCGGACAGGACAGGGGGCCUCCUGGGUUCUGUGCCGCCUCUUGUGUCUGUGGCCCCGCGAGGCCCGAAAGCUGGUGACUUUGGGGGCG